AUUAUUAAUUCAAACCACUAAUCUGCAGAGAAAAUUGUGCAGGAAAGCGGCUAUUUUAACCAGUGAACUUUCUGUGUAUACAUCAAUUGUUAAUUUGCUCAAACUGACCUGAUAUGUCUGGACUCAGGGACAAUCAAAAUCAAAUGUUAUCUGGAGUAAUGUAUGAUCCAUUACAACAACAACAACCACAGCUUCUGCCUCAUGCUCAAGAAGGAGAAUACAGACGGCUGUCAUUCGAUACCAACCCAUCCACUGAUCCUUCCCUGCAAUACCCGAAGUUCAAACGUAAUUAUCGUGCCUGCUUAAACUGUCGAGUUCGAAAGGUAAAAUGUGAUUUGGGACCUGUCGAUAACCCUAGAGAAGGUAAAUGUGCAAGAUGUCUUCGUGAACGUAAAGAUUGUGUGUUUGUGGAAAGCAAACGUGGUGGUUCCGGAAAUGUGAUUAGUGGGAAAAGAAAGAAGAAAACUAAGGAGGAAACACAAAAGAGUGGCUCGGAAUCACCUAGAGAUGGUAGUUCACCUGGCACUACAGCGCUGUAUCCAUAUGAAUCACCAGCAAUUCCCAAACUCAAUAAUGGUGGAGUAGCUAUCCAAGAGCCGCGUCAGAAACUUCCUGGAGUCAGUAUGCAACAGGAUUCGGCUCACCAGAACAAAACUCCCAGUCAUUUCUCAACAAUGGAAGGAGCAUUAGUCUUUUUGGCAAAGGCAGCGGGAACUAUAGCAAAGGCAGAUGAGAGAGAUAAUAUAGAUGGUAGAGCCAGGUAUGAACAAAUAGAGGCGAAAAUGAGAAGUGAAACAAACAGCGUAUUGUCUAACUCGGAACAAUCAAAUCUGGAUAUGCCAGACCAGAACAACAAUGGUGACGAUAUAUCAGGCGCUCAAAAAUCUUCAAUUCCUGCUUUUAUAUUGCCAAGUACUACAAAGAGAAUGACAAUGCCCCCUGCAGAAAGUGGUUAUGCGGUGAGACCUAAAGCAUCCAAUAAACUUUCUAAUAUUGAGUAUAUUGGCCCAGCCCCUAAUGGAAUCUUAACCGAACAAGAAGCAGAACGGUUGAUUAAUCUAUUCUUCACAACUAUGCAUCCGUUCUUCCCACAUUUACCCAAGUUUCUUCAUUCACCCAAAGUUCUUUCCGGAUAUCCGAUUUUAUUGUGUGCCAUUUUAACAAUUUCAUCUCGAUAUCAUCCAUUUGAAAACAAUGUAAGUACUUCUGGAAACACCAGUGUACCUAGAAAUAUCGAAGUUCACGAUCGAUUAUGGCUCUAUGUCCAAAGGUUAAUUUCACAAACGGUUUGGGCAGAAGCAAGUACCAGAUCAAUCGGGACAAUUUUUGCAUUUUUGUUAUUCACGGAAUGGAAUCCACGUGCUAUCCAUUGGAGAUGGUCAGAUUACGCUAAUAAAGCAGAAGAAAACAACGAUGAAGUAUCAGGUUCAUCGGCAAACUUGUCUGCAUUUAAUGGGGAUACCAGUGGUGGCACUGGUGCUGACAGUGAGCCUAACCUUGCUGGAUUGGGUGCUAUGAGAAGAAGUUAUAGAAUGGCGUGGAUGUUGAUCGGUUCGGCUGUUAGAUUGGCGCAAGAUAUGGGGUUUAUGGAAAUAAGCUCCAAGACAUUCAUUGCUACCCAUACCGCCGAAAUCAACUCCGUUAUGAAUAUUGCAAGACGGUCGAUGUUGGCUCAUUCGCUAUCAGAAGUAGAUUUAGAUGAAGAUGAGAUAACAGAAGAGGAUAUGGAAGAGGUCGAGGAGGAAGAUGAUGAUGACAGAAUGCUCAAAAUGUCAGAAGAAGAUUUGAGGCGUGUUUCAAGUGAGCACGUUCUUAAAUUUACGAAAUCUCAGAAGGCACAAAUUGAGUUGCUCCAAAUCAUUUCUCUUGGUCAUGAAUCUUUGUAUGGGUAUAAGGCACAACUAGGGCUGCUUUCUCAAAGUCAGAAUUUGUCAGUGUUGAACAUAAUUAGUCCAUUGAUUAAUAAUUGGGGUCGCAAGUAUAAAACAUUUCUUACCCCCUCAAACAAUAAAUUGCUCAAGCAUGUGUCCAACAUAACCACUCAUUGGUUGAAACCAAACUCAAAAGUGUGUCAUGAGAUUGCUGAAUAUAUAGAGCGGGAAUCCUUCAUAUUUGAGUUCAACUAUGUGAAGCUUUACAUUUAUUCACUUGCAUUGAGUCCAUCACCUCGGGCUUUACUUGAGCAAAAGAAGAAUAGAAAACACGGCAAGGUUACAUUGAAAUUAGAUGAAAUGUCCAAAUCAGCAAAGUAUAUUGAACAGGCAUUUACCGCGGCUAAUGAAAUGUUAUAUGCUGCUCAUAGAGUUCAUAGAUUAAAGAUGCUUAGGUUUAUGCCGGUCAGAUGGUUAACGAGAAUGGUUAGAGCCGUUGCUUUCAUUGUAAAAUGUUAUUUGACAAUCAUGGCUCAUAAGAAUUCGUCAAGGAGUGGAUCUACCAGUUCGAUAGAUAACUAUGAUUCUACAAUCUUGUCGCUUUCCUUAAUCACCAUUGAUGAUAUUACACUGUCAAUUCAAAGAGCUGCUAUCACCUUACGGGAUUGUUCUCCGGACGAAUUACAUUUAUGCACAAGAUAUUCAAACGUUUUAAUGUAUUUGUGUUCUGAGAUGAAGACAAGAAAAAACCACUAUGAAGAGGAGCAAGCCGCCGAAGAUGCAGAGGAACGCGCCCAUUUGCAAGAGCAACAGCAUAUGGCCAAAAGGCAAAAAGUCAUGUCGGAACCGGUGCCGUCCAAUGACAUGGCAUCAUCGAUGUUCCAGCCGCAGCCAGUACAGUAUGAAGGCAACGGAAAUGAAAACAUGCCCAGCCCUCAGAUGGCAUAUCCAAUGCAACAGCAAACAACCCAGCUGUCCAUGGAUUCAUUCGGGUAUGGCCAAUCACUGUAUUUCAAGAAUGGUUCAAUCUCGCAAAGUGAGAGUAUGACACCAAACGACUCUAAUACACCAUUGCAAACCUUGAUGGGAGAUAGUGAGGUAAUUGAUUGGUUUAUGAAUAAUCGUACCAUUGGUCUUGAUUUCGUAGGACCAUGGACGGAAAUGAUCGAACAGCAAUUGAACUUGAACGACCAAUUCAACUUUAAUGAUGCCCUUUAAAUUAAUGUAUAUAUAUUUUCUUAUAUAGAGGGGAAAUUUUUUAUCUUGUAGCGAAUUAUUAAUUUUCCCAACCUUGAAUAUGGUUAAUUAUAGACAUGUAGAAAUCCCGAGACUUAUCAUUGAUUGAAAUUCCAUGGCUUGAAGAUAAGAAUGUGUUAAUUCCCUCGAUGGUGUCUGCAUAAGCCUCAGGAAGAUAUGGUACAGCAGUUCUAGCUUCAAAUAAAUAGUUGCUUUGGGGUUUUGUUGAAGGUGGGUUUUUGUAGUAAUCAUUUUUAUCGAAAUCGAUAGUAUCAACAGUAACAGAAAGAUCAAGCUUGAAAGCGAUACCUGAACAUUGUAAUUCAUAACUAAUAUCGUUUAAUUUCUUCACAUAAGUGUUGGCAUUAAUAUUCCCCAUUCCUGCCAAAUAUUUAAGCAAGGCGAUUGCCUUAUUUACCUGGGGAUAUACCUUACCACGAAGACCAGCGAUAAUAAGCAUCAUCAAGGACGAAAAUAAAUGGUGACUGUCCCAGUAACCCAACACAAAGAUCUUUUGGCAGGUGUAUAAUCUCGCCACUAUAUCAAUGGUACUACACGAUACAAACAUCCCCUUGGCAAUUGUAGCUUCAAUAUCAUGAUAGUUUUCAAGUAAUUCAGAAGAUGAAGGGUCUGUAGCGAGGGAAAGCAAGGGCUUCGUGAGCAAAAUGUUCAACUGGUGGUAUCUAAGUAACAAAUUAGCGAGCAUUCUUGAACCAUCAUUAACAUAGUCUAUACCUCUAAAUUUCGACAACAAAGGAAAUUCAAAAUUCUUAAUCAAGUCUGAUGAUGACGUUAAGAUAUUCUUCAACAAAAGUUUCUGGUUAAAUUGGUUGGUGUUGAUGUAAUUAACCAGAAAAGUUCGUAUAUUUGGCCCAUAGAUCAACCGAACAAACUUUGUGACAUAUUUCGUCAAAUGCACGUUGGUCUCAAGAAUAGUGCCAUCAAAUGAAUCACCUAAAUCGAAUGUAUUUUCAGUUGGCAAGUCAACAUCCGUAUCUGUAUAUUGAAAGUUUUCAGUUUUUGCAGCCCACAAAGAAUCAAUAACAAAGAUAGUCCACCAUAAUCUCUUUGACCUUUCUGCAAAAAUACGAAGUUCUCGAUACUCUUCAGGUGACUUAUUUCCAGGAAUAUCUCUUUGACG